GUUUCUUUUCUAUUGUCGAUAUUAUUUGCUUUCAUCGUUAGGUUUUAAUGGUUCUUUGUUUGAUGACGCAGUAAGAAUUUAUGCAUGUGGCUCUGUGAAUCUGUUGCCUUGAAAUGCCAUCGACACAUGGAUAUUUCACACCGAAUAGAGUCGAGCAGUUAAUACCUGGACAAAAGACCAUCAUUAACAAAUCCCAGGACAAAAUCAUGAUGAAGAAUAAGAGUGAAAAGCAGGAAGAUGAAGGCUCGACUCAAAGCAAUGCUUCCAGCAAUUCGGCAUCAGAGGAAUCUAACCGCUCUGGAUCGGAGUCUGGGAGUCAGUCGGAGAGUGAGCAAGGAAGUGAUAGAGUUUGUUCCCGGCGUUCAGAGUCCAACAGCACUUCUGAUUCUGAGAGCCACUCUGAGUCAGGCAGUGAAUCCACUGGGUCCAAAUCCCGUCAGUCCUCAACGCAGGGCAAAGACAAACCAGUCAAGAAGAAAGACAGCCUUGCAGAUGUGAAGAAGAUGUGGGAGGAACAUCCAGAUAUUUAUGGUGUUAGAAGAUCCAGUCGCAGCAGACAAGAGCCUGCUCGACUCAACAUUGGAGCUGAGGGCAGCAGUGAUUCAGAGAGUGAAAUUCCCAAAAGAAAAGGCUCACGGCAGAAAAAGAAAGAAAAUACCUGGAAAGAUGAUGACUCAGAUGACGAAGAGGAUGUUGAGGAAGAGGCCAGCAGUACAGAGAGUGAGCAGGAAGAGAAAAAAGUUAGAUCCAGACGACUUCCUGCUAGAAGACCACAGACAAAAUCAUCUGCUGGCAAGCAGCAGUCACAAAAGGGACGGAAACAGAGGAAGCAGGAGUCCUCAGAUGAAGAAGAUGAGGAUGAUGAUGAUGAGGAUGAGGAGGAUACCCCAAAAAGACAAACAAGGCGGCGAGCAGCAACUAAAGUCAGUUACAAGGAGGACCAGAAUGAUUUUGAGACGGACUCUGAUGACCUUAUUGAAUUGGGAGAAGGAGCCGAGGAGCAACAGGAUGAUGACAGUGAGACCAUUGAGAAGGUCCUUGAGACCAGAAUUGGCAAAAAAGGCGCUACUGGAGCUUCCACGACCCUCUAUGCUAUUGAGGAAAAUGGGGACCCUGGAGCAGACUUUGACCCUGAGAAAGACGAAGGGGAAACUCAGUUCCUCAUCAAGUGGAAGGACUGGUCCUACAUCCACAACACCUGGGAGAGUGUGGAUUCUCUCACUCAGCAGAAAGUCAAAGGGAUAAAGAAGCUGGAAAAUUUCAAGAAGAAAAACGAAGAGCUUAACACUUGGUUGAAUAAAGCAUCGCCUGAAGAUUUAGAAUAUUACAACUGCCAGCAAGAACUUACCAAUGACCUGAGCAGGCAAUUCCAGAUAGUAGAGAGAGUGAUCGCAACAAGAACUGGGAAAACACAAGCUCCUUCAGACUCUCCCUCCCAUAAAAGCAGUUCGAGUGAGCCAGAGUACCUGUGUAAGUGGAUGGGGCUGCCGUAUGCCGAGUGCACAUGGGAGGAUGGUGCAUUAAUCAGAAAGAAAUUUCAGGCAUGCGUUGAUAGUUUUCAAAACAGAAAUGCCUUUAAGACUGUUCCUUCUAAAGAUUGUAAGGUAUUGAAACAGAGGCCAAGAUUUGUGGCCUUAAAGAAGCAGCCUUCCUACAUUGGAGAUGAGAUCCUUCAACUCAGAGAUUACCAGUUAGAUGGAGUGAACUGGCUAGCUCACUCCUGGUGCAGGUGUAACAGUGUUAUCUUAGCUGAUGAAAUGGGCCUGGGAAAGACCAUUCAGACCAUAUCCUUCCUUUCCUACCUUUUCCAUCAGCACCAGCUUUACGGUCCCUUCAUCGUGGUGGUACCCCUGUCAACCCUCACUUCCUGGCAGAGGGAGUUUGAAACAUGGGCCCCAGACAUGAAUGUAGUGGUGUACCUGGGAGAUGUCAUCAGUAGAAAGACAAUCCGGGACUAUGAAUGGAUCCACCAGCAGACAAAAAGAAUCAAGUUUAAUGCACUUUUGACCACAUAUGAAAUUCUACUGAAAGACAAGGCAGUGCUGGGGAAUAUAAACUGGGCUUUCCUCGGAGUUGAUGAAGCUCACCGGCUUAAGAAUGACGACUCGCUGCUAUAUAAAACUCUGAUCGACUUUCGAUCCAAUCACAGGCUGCUCAUUACUGGGACCCCACUGCAGAAUUCACUCAAAGAGCUGUGGUCCCUUCUGCACUUUCUUAUGCCUGACAAGUUUGAGUCUUGGGAGGAUUUUGAGGAUGAUCAUGGUAAAGGCAGGGAUAAUGGUUAUCAGAGCCUACACAAAGUUCUGGAGCCUUUCCUACUGCGUCGUGUCAAGAAAGAUGUGGAGAAAUCCUUGCCGGCUAAAGUGGAGCAAAUCCUCAGAGUUGAGAUGUCUGCCCAGCAAAAACAGUUCUACAAAUGGAUCCUUACAAGAAACUACAAAGCCUUGUCCAAAGGAACCAGAGGCAGCUCUUCUGGUUUUCUUAACAUUGUCAUGGAGCUGAAGAAAUGUUGUAACCAUGGUUUCCUCAUCAAACAACCAGAGGAGCGUGAGAAUGAAAGAACACAAGAGUACCUACAGAGCUUGGUGCGUGGCAGCGGGAAACUUGUUUUGCUGGACAAACUUCUCACGCGACUCAGGGAGAGAGGCAACCGUGUGCUCAUCUUCUCUCAGAUGGUCCGCAUGUUGGACAUCCUUGCUGAAUACCUGUCUUUGAAACGAUAUCCAUUUCAGCGUUUGGACGGAUCCAUCAAGGGAGAGAUCAGAAAACAAGCACUGGACCACUUUAAUGCAGAAGGCUCUGAGGACUUCUGUUUCCUGCUAUCCACCCGAGCUGGAGGGCUUGGGAUUAACCUGGCCUCUGCUGACACGGUGGUUAUCUUUGACUCAGACUGGAACCCACAAAAUGAUCUUCAAGCCCAGGCUAGAGCCCAUAGGAUUGGCCAGAAAAAGCAAGUGAAUAUCUAUCGUAUGGUCACAAAAGGCACGGUGGAGGAAGACAUUAUUGAAAGAGCCAAAAAGAAGAUGGUUCUAGACCAUCUUGUCAUUCAGAGAAUGGACACCACUGGGCGAACCGUACUAGAUAACAACUCAGGAAAUUCAAAUUCAAACCCCUUCAGUAAAGAAGAAUUGACAGCAAUCUUGAAGUUUGGAGCAGAGGAUCUGUUUAAGGAACCUGAGGGGGAGGAAUCAGAACCGCAGGAAAUGGACAUUGAUGAAAUCUUGCGGCUUGCUGAAACCAGAGAAAGUGAUCAGGGAUCUAGUGCUACAGAUGAGCUUCUAUCACAGUUUAAGGUUGCUAACUUCACCAUGGAUGAAAGUACACCAGAUCUUGAGGAGAGGCCUAUACACGAUUGGGAUGACAUCAUUCCAGAGGAGCAGCGGCGGAAGGUGGAGGAAGAGCAGAAGCAGAAGGAGAUGGAAGACAUCUACAUGCUGCCCAGAAGCAGAAGCUCCAACAAGAAGCCGCAGGCCAAUGACAGCGACAGUGACGUAGGAUCCAAACUGAAGCACAGAUCCUCGGGUUCAGACAGUGAAACAGAUGACAGUGAGGAUGACAAACGGCCCAAGCGGAGAGGCAGGCCGAGAGCUCGCAAAAACAAUGUGGAGGGAUUUACUGACGCAGAGAUCCGCAGGUUCAUAAAGGCAUACAAGAAAUUUGGAGCUCCGCUUGAGAGGUUGGAGGCGAUUGCCCGUGACUCAGAGCUGGUGGAUAAGUCCAUUGCAGACCUGAAGCGCCUGGGGGAACUGGUGCACAACACCUGUGUGACUGCGGUGCAGGAGCACGAAGAGCACAUGAAAGAAAACCCUGUGGAAGCUAAAGGCCCAGGGAAAAGACGAGGCAUUAAUAUAAAGAUCUCUGGAGUUCAGGUCAAUGCUAAGUCUAUUAUCCAGCACGAAGAGGAGUUUGAACCACUACAUAAAGCUGUGCCUUCAAAUCCUGCUGAAAGGAACAAAUUUCAGCUGACCUGUCGGGUGAAGACUCCGCACUUUGACGUAGACUGGGAUAUUCAUGAUGACACACAGCUGUUACUGGGUAUCUAUGAACACGGUUUUGCCAACUGGGACCUGAUCAAGACCGAUCCUGAUCUCAAGCUUUCUGAGAAGAUUCUCUUAGAUGACCCUGAUAAGAAACCUCAAGCAAAGCAGUUACAGAUGCGAGCAGACUACUUGCUUAAGAUGCUGAAGAAAGAGCAGGAAAGCCAAGAUGCUGUUAAAGCAGGAGAAGAGACCAAACCCAAAAAGAGGAAACCACGAACGAAGAGCAAGGCCCCUAACAAUGAUCUGGUCAAUGACAUUGCCUCUCCUCGUCUCUCAGACAACCCAUCAGAAGAGGGAGAAGUGAAGGACAAUGGAGCUGAAAAAUCUCCCACAAAGAAGAAACCGAAAAAGGAUAACAAAGAGAACAAAGAAAAAACAGGAACUCCUAAAAAAGAGAAGGAGGGGGACAAAGACAAAAAGCGUUCCAGGUCCAAAAAAGAGAAGGCCAAACCAGGAGGAAAGGGGAAGAAAACUCAAGGCCCUGUGCACAUCACUGCAGGAAGUGAGCCUGUGCCUAUUGGGGGGGAAGAUGAUGAGCUGGACCAGGAAACGUUCAGCAUUUGUAAGGAGCGGAUGAGGCCGGUGAAGAAGGCUCUGAAGCAGUUGGAUAAGCCAGACGAGGGGCUGUCGGUGCAGGAGCAGCUGCAGCACACUCGUACCUGCCUGCUUAAGAUUGGAGACCGCAUCACAGAGUGCCUUAAAUCGUAUAGUGACCCUGAGCACGUCAAGAUCUGGCGCAGAAACCUCUGGAUUUUUGUGUCUAAAUUUACUGAGUUUGGUGCUCGGAAACUGCACAAGCUGUAUAAGAUGGCUCAAAAGAAGCGCUCCCAUGAAGAAGAGAAAGAGCAAAAGAAGAAGGAUGAUCCCACCAAGAAAAAACCCUUCAGAUCUAGCCGGGACUCUAUAGGAACCCAGCCCGCAACCAAACCUCAUCCUCCGGUCAACCAUCCACCUGGACCUCCCCCUCACGCCCACCACAGAGAGCAGUACAACCAGCCCAAUAAAAGGCACUUUCCUAAUGAUGCAGAUAGGGGAGAUUGGCAAAGGGACCGUAAAUACAGCUACCCGGGUAACAGCAGUCAGCCCUGGCAAGGGGAUCGGCAUCACCCGUAUGACACUCACAGGUACAAGGACCAUCACUAUGGUGACCGUCGUCCUCAUGGUGACUACCGCAGCUCAGGAGGUUACCGGAAUAGCAGCUCCCCUCGCAAACGACCCUAUGACCAGUAUGGUAAUGAUAGAGAUCAACGGGGCCAUCGAGACUAUUAUGACAGGCAUCCAGACCCUAAGAGAAGGCGUUCUGAUGAAUACCGCUCCCCGAAUUAUCACCCAGGUGGAGGAGGGCAUCCACAGGACUUCCGAAGGAUGCCAGACCACAGGGGACCCCCUGGGAACCAUGGCCCCAUGGGGCCCGAUCACUUUCGCCCCUUCCACCCCGACAAACCCCCACCCCUGAUUGACCCGCGCUCCCCUCAGUCUCAGAAAUCCCCCCUUGAGCCCAUCUCACCUGCUUUGGAAAGAACUGCAGAGCAGAAACCUGUGACGGACUUUAAGCAAACAAACAGGAAGACUUUGAUGAAUACUUGGUUAGUGCAGGGACGGUCCGUACUUGGAUGUUUUGAAAGGCCACCUUAG